CGCUCGCUGGCUCCCACCCGGGGAGGGUCGUCGUGCGCCUGCGCCAGGGUGGGGGGUUGCCGUCGCGCCUAGGCCUUUCCCUCAGGUUUUCCUCUUCCCCACUGCGGCUCCCCAGUCGGCGCUUGCGCAGAGAACUCAGCGCUGAGAUUGUCUAAAGCCCCAGGAAAAAUGGUGGAAAAUUCACCGUCGCCAUUGCCAGAAAGAGCGAUUUAUGGCUUUGUUCUUUUCUUAAGCUCCCAAUUUGGCUUCAUACUUUACCUCGUGUGGGCCUUUAUUCCUGAAUCUUGGCUAAACUCUUUAGGUUUAACCUAUUGGCCUCAAAAAUAUUGGGCAGUUGCAUUACCUGUCUACCUCCUUAUUGCUAUAGUAAUUGGCUACGUGCUGUUGUUUGGGAUUAACAUGAUGAGUACCUCUCCACUCGACUCCAUUCAUACAAUCACAGAUAACUAUGCAAAAAAUCAACAGCAGAAGAAAUACCAAGAGGAGGCCAUUCCAGCAUUAAGAGAUAUUUCUAUUAGUGAAGUAAACCAAAUGUUCUUUCUUGCAGCCAAAGAACUUUACACCAAAAACUGAACUGUGUGUAACCAUAGUAACACCAAGCACGUAUUUAUUUAUUAGUUUUUGCCAUUAUAAUUUUGACCAUAAAUUAAUUUGACAUCUCUCUUAUUAAUAGAGGAGAAGUAAAAAAUGUAAGUUGACCUUCUCUUAGAUUAUGUUCAAUGAAUAUUGUAAAUGUUCAAGUAUUGUUAAUGAAUAGAAUAAAUACAAUAUUGCAUUCCCA